UGGUAAUUGAAUAUGUAACAGCUUCCUAAUCUCGACAUCAUACAAAUGAUCGCAGGCCACAUGACUGACAAGAUACAAGAAGAAAGUGAUUGGGGAGAGGAGAACGAGGAUGAGCACGACCGCGAUUUCGAUGAUUUAGACGGCAACGAAGAGCAUCGCGAAAAGGACGUCGCCAAACAUCUUCCCCACGAGUCAAAUACCGCCGCGCAAAGUCCCCACGCUGUUGCCGCCAAAAAAAAACGAGGAAAACGAAAAUCAUGGGAAGAAAGCGGUAGCGAAAAUGACGAGGUUUUUUUAUCCUCAUCGCAACGUCUGACUAAAAAUGGCGGCUACCAGCAUACGAAAGCAAGCCGUAGUGCCAUAUCUCGGGCCAACAAGGGCAAAAACCCAUGGAAUAAGGGAAGGAAUCGAAGUGAGUCCGACAAAGCGAAAAUCGGGGCUGGCGUGAGAGCGCGAAAUCAUGCUUUACUGCUCGAAAGACUCAAGAAAUGGGGGUUGACGGAAGAGCAAUGGAAGGUAAAGAAAAAGGAGAUCAAAUAUGUGAGGGAACGUGUCCGUCGCGCUAAGCGAGACAACGAAAAUCUUGCCGAUAAUAUUGCGAAACAACGGACCAGAUACGCUGCUAUUCGGGCGAGAGGCAAAGCCGAUCAAUCGGACGACGACUCUUAUGAUGAAGUCCUCGAAGAAGUGAUUGAGGAAGUCGAAGAGACCGCUAGCGAGGGAGAUCACGGACGUGAUGAGAUUGAUAACGACAACAGCUUCGAUUUAGAAUUCGGCAGAGAUGAAACCCUACAGAAUCUACAACUUUUGUCUGUGUCGGCUGGCGACAGCGCUCGGACGACAGGCAACCUAGGGCACCAGGCAUUGCCCGGUUUGUUUACUCGCGAUAUAGUGUGGACCCCUCAUGUGUACGAUGCCGGCCCAAAUCAGAUAAAUUACGACGAGCACUGCCCCAAAGGUGGACCUGGCGGCUUGAUCUGCUGUGCCGACUGCUCGUCAAAGUAUUCCAACUACCUUACACAAACAGUCUUUGACAUUGAAGAGCAAAAAUUGAGUAAAGGCGGUUACGAAAUACGAGAGCUUUUGCGUUUUGCAAAAGAUACCCAAACGACGCUACAAGAAACGUCAGCAGCUGCUAGGAGAAAACGCCCGAUGAAGAAGCCCAAGGACGCUGCAUCAUUGUUACAGCCGGAUCAUGGCGCCAAGACCUUGGUUCGGAAUGUAAAUGAACAAAUCAAGUUUGAAGAUGUAACGGAAAUGGCUGAAAUAUAAACUCACUGUCAAAAGUU